AUGGCUUCAAUGCGCUCGCUGAUUCCUGCUCUCAUUGCAAGUGUGCCUUUGGCAAAUGCUCUGUUCAUCAAUGGCAGCGUGAUUGCACCUUGCGACUCACCCAUAUACUGUUAUGGCGACCUGCUUCGCGAAAUCGAACUCGCAAGACCGUUUGAGGAUUCAAAGACGUUCGUCGAUUUACCAACAACACGCCCGCUAGAAGAAGUGCUUGCAGCAUUCGCCAACCUUUCGAGGCCGAUCGAGAAUAACACAGCGCUAAAUGAUUUUCUAUCCGAAUACUUUGGCGAGGCUGGUUCAGAACUAGAGGAAGUACCUACUGAUGAGCUAGAAACGCAGCCGGAUUUUCUUGACAACGUCAACAGCUCUGUUGUUCGAGAUUUCACACGCCAAGUCAUCGACAUAUGGCCUGACUUAACGCGCCGAUAUGUCGGAGCUGGAAACUGCUCUGGCUGCGUUAACUCCUUCCUUCCGGUCAACCGGACCUUCGUGGUAGCUGGUGGUCGUUUUAGGGAGCCAUAUUACUGGGACUCUUUCUGGAUCAUCGAAGGCCUCCUUCGUACUCAGGGGUCCUUUACUCAGAUUGCAGAAAACAUCAUCGAGAAUUUCAUGGAUCUUGUCGAAGAUAUUGGCUUCGUGCCCAACGGCGCUCGUCGCUAUUAUGAAAAUCGAUCGCAGCCACCACUACUUACGCAGAUGGUUCGUGUUUACGUCGAGUAUACACAAAAUUAUACUCUGCUCGAACGGGCGAUACCCAUCCUUGAGAAGGAGUAUGAGUUUUGGGUAAACAAUCGUACCGUGACGCUUGAGCGGGCUGGCAUGAACUACUCUCUCAACCACUAUGCCGUGUCAAACACGCAGCCACGACCUGAAUCCUAUUACGAGGAUUAUGUGACUGCCAACAAUGCGACCUACUUCAACGAAGAAGGCGAGGAGUUCAACGCCACACAGCCACUCAACGAGACUCAAAAGGCGACGUUGUAUUCCAACCUUGCAUCGGGUGCAGAGAGUGGAUGGGACUAUUCAGCACGCUGGAUUGCCAACCCAUCCGACGCUGUUACAGAAACAUUCUUCCCUCUUCGUUCGCUCAAUACCAUUGAGAUCAUCCCAGUAGAGCUCAACUCGAUCCUGUACUACAACGAGAUUACGAUCGCCGAAUUCCACCGCCAUCAAGGCAAUUAUACCGCCGCACGCGAGUGGGCCGGUCGCGCUGCAAAUCGGAGUGAGGCAAUGACAACAGUCCUUUGGUCGCCUGAGCACUACAGCUACUUCGACUAUAACUUGACCUCUAGUAGCCAGAAUGUUUACACUUUGGCCGAUAACACAAGUACACCACUUGCGCUCCAAGGAGCGCCGCCUGGAAAACAAAUAUGGUUCCAGAUUUCCCAGUUCUAUCCUUUCUGGACAGGUGCGGCUCCUGAAAGCAUCAAGAAUGACCCCAAGGCAAUGAGACGCGUUUACGCACGAGUCGAAGAGCUUCUUGAUACCAGAGACGGUGCAAUUGCUGCAACGAGCCUCCAGACCGGCCAGCAAUGGGAUGAGCCAAACGUCUGGCCACCACUUCAAUACAUCUUGAUGCAAGGUCUGCUCAAUACCCCCCUCGAGGUUAGCGAAGACGAUGACGAGCAGUCAACCGAGGAUUACAUUUGGACACAAGAUCUUUCCCUCCGCAUUGCACAACGCUAUCUUGACUCUUUGUAUUGCACAUGGCGUGUCACUGGUGGUGCGACUGAUGAAGUGCCGCAACUUCCCGACUCUCAAGGUAACGGGACGAUCUUCGAGAAGUACUCCGAUGAGAGUACCAACGCUGCUGGAGGGGGCGGAGAGUAUACAGUCGUGGAAGGAUUUGGUUGGUCGAACGGUGUUCUCAUCUGGGCUGCUGAUCAAUUCGGACAAAGGUUGAACACACCUGAGUGUGGAAACAUUACCGCAGCUAACAUUGGGGGUGGAGAUGCGAAGAGGAAGAGAAGUGCGAUGGAAUUAAGCAAACGGGACGCCCAGUGGAUCAAGAAAACCAAAGGGACGAGGAAGCUUAGAUAUUGA